AUGGCAACCGCCGCCUCCUGCUGCUGCGUCUCCUCCCACGGCCACGGCCUCUCACGCCCGCUCCCUCGCCCCCGCACCGCCCGCCUCCGCCUCGUCUUCCCCUCCGCCCCAUCCCCGAGGCUCUCUUCCCGCAUCCCCGCCUCGCCCGACCCGCCGCUUGACGUCGCCGCCGGAGACGCGACCGGCGGCCAGGACGACUGGCCCGCGCCUGACGACGACCAGGAGGACCGCGACGAGGGCAUCGGCUUCCAGAUCCAGGUGUCCAAGGUCGGGAAGCGGAACCGGCGCCUUGUGCGCGCGCGGGUGCGCGUCCACGCACCGCUCGAGGCCGUCUGGGCCACGCUCACCGACUACGAGGGCCUCGCCGACUUCAUCCCGGGACUCUCCGAGUGCCGCCUCCUCGACCAGCACGAUGGCUUCGCGCGCCUCUACCAGAUCGGGGAGCAGGAUCUCGCGCUGGGUUUCAAGUUCAACGCCAAGGGCACCAUAGACUGCUACGAGGGGGACAUGGAGCUACUGCCCGCUGCCGGGGCGCGCAGGAGGGAGAUCGCCUUCAACAUGAUCGACGGCGAUUUCAAGCUCUUCCAGGGGAAAUGGUCUGUUGAAGAGGUUGAUGGUAGCAUUGUCGAAGGUGGGGGAAAUUCAGAGGAGCAGGAAUUCCAGACGACACUGUCUUACCUGCUUGAGCUGGAGCCCAAGCUCUGGGUUCCAGUGAGACUACUGGAAGGAAGGAUAUGCAGUGAGAUCAAGAACAACCUUGUUUGCAUCAGAGAACAAGCACAGAGGAUCCAUAGAUUACAGCAUGAGUGA